GCUCCCAUGCCCUGGCGAUACUGAGAAUUUCGCCCACGUUGCGGAAGACCCCUUCAUGAUGCCGCGUGCUCACGCCUACGUCACGACCACUCACGAACACCACGGGAUCUUAGAGGAGACGAAUCGAUCAAAAUCCCCAACACCUACGACGAAGCCAUGAGCUCUCCCCAGCGCGAAGAAUGGAAAGGAGCGUGCAGCAAGGAAAUGGACAAUCUGCGGAAACACAACGUCUACAAUCUGGUGCCCCUCAGCAGCGUUCCCAAGGGAGAGAAGAUCCUCGGAACAAAAUUCGUCUUCAAGAAAAAUCUGGACGGACGCUUCAAAGCUCGCCUGGUAGUCGGAGGAUAUCGUCAAGAGCCAGGACAGGACUACGGACGCAGCUACGCACCAGUAUGCCGCAUCGGGAGCAUUCGCAUGACGUGCGCCAUUGGCUGCCACAACAACUGGCCCAUCUACCAACUGGACGUUGUCGAUUCCUUCCUGAACGCCCUCUGACAUGUGUACGUCAGACCCGCCCCCGGUAC